CGGGGAUCCUCGGCCUCGCCCGCAAGAGUCGGGUGGGAGAGAGAGUCGGGAUAAGGGAAGAGCGCUGUUUUUCGCGUGCCACGCUCUUUUCGUUGCUCUUAGCUUCCACGCGGCCUUCUUCCUCUGUAGAUAUAGAUCUAGGGUUUUUUUUACAAUUCAUUUGCCUGUUCUUGUUCUGGCAAUGAUUUUGUCGGCGGAAGGCCGUUUGAUCCGGUGAUUUGGAGCAGUCCAGGGUGUCAAAUCGUUCAGGUAUCCGUCCUUGUUCUUGCAAGUCACCGGAAGAUCCCUGAAGCGAGGGAUCUUUGGCGGAAAAUAUCUUUGGAGGCAUUCUACCAUACAUAUAUGCGGGAGCUCCUAUACAUAUUUGAUGGAGGCUGUUUUUACAACCAUUCUCAUUCAUGCAGGAGCUCCUUUCUGACUAAUUUGCAGCAGAGACUCCUCGCGAAGCCAUAUUUUUCAAAAAAAAGAUUUAGUUUGUUGGGACAUUUCCCUGUUAGACUCUGUAAGAUGGGGCCAUUGUACUCAGAUUGCGUGUCUGACACAAAAACAAGAUUUUUGAAAAAUAGUAGCCAGUCAUUUGCUUGUGUUGAAGCCAUCUGUCCUCAGCCUCAUCGUGCAGUCAGGCUCCCAUAUUUUAUUGAAGAUCUUAGCAAAUUCAGCCCUGAGCCGAAGAGCAUUUUACCGAGGAACAGAGACAAAACAGGCUUUGAAAUUAUUGGUAUCCUCCUGAACAAGGAAGAGAUAGAGGUAGGCGGUGAUAUAGAUGGGGGCAACGAAAUAGGUUACUUUUGUGGGUCGCCUCCUGUGCGCACCCACAAUCCUGUAAUACAUGACGCAGAGUUUACCAAACAAAUGGCUAUCCCCCUGGUAUCUAACCUUCCUGUGUUGUCAAACCCUUCUUCAUCUAGAGUUGAAAGGGGUUCGCCAAUAUGCAACCCCGGGAGCCCAAAAAUCAGAGUCGAAGGUUUUUCUUGUGGGAAAUCUGAUCCCUGCUGUGUUCCUACUCUUGCCUGACCCAUCUGAUCGUAGAUUCCUAACUUUCUCUGUACAGAGUUUUCUUCAUUCAGCUGAGAAUAUUAAAUUCCCAGCAAAUGCGUUUGAGGUCAUUUUCAAGCUGUUGAUGACAUCUCCUUGUUUCAUUUAGAGUCCAGAAGAGCUUUGUGUUGUAUAUAUAUAGCUCAUUUUAAUGUACGUAGGAUGUUUCAACGAGUCGUUUUACUGUUUCUUGGAGGCUGGCUAGCUUGUAAUCUGGAUUUAGUCGAUCUGUAAUGUAAAUAACGUCAUUUUUGUAUGUAUAUAUCGAGUUUUCUUUUUCUUUU